GGCAGUCGGCGGCUAUCGGAGGGAGACAGCUGCUGUUUAUUCAACUUUCAAGAUGUUUAGGGGCCCUCAAAUCCUGACCUGGUCUUGUCCCAUAAGGUCAUUGCUGCUAUUGAGAGAGUCCCACCUCUGCACUUUCUCUGGGCACACUGGUGCUGUAUGGCAGGGCGCAAAACAUGGGAAGGAAAGCAGAUACAGCGUGCUUCCUGAAAGAGGCAGAAGCAAGGAGGGGUCAUCAUUGUCCUCCGAGACUGUAUCCUGUGCAAUACAGCUGUCUUUAUUUAACUCGUACUGUGGUAAUCAUCAUCUGAGAGAGGCUUCAUUUCAAAACCUCCUAUCCAAAGCCAUUUUACCCAGCCAUCAUCACCCCUAUCUGGUUUCUACCUCUGUAAAAGACAAACGAGUGUCUGAUCCUUGGAAAUGCACUGCAGUGGAAGAUUCAGGUCAAAACCCCAAAGCUGUGAGAACUUAUCAGGACUGUUUAACCAACACAACUUGCCUUCAACCCUGGAGAAGACCUUGGGACAAAGUUUCAUUCACUUUCACCAAUAAGACUCAAUGCAACCCUCCUCAAAGCCAUUUAUAUUACAGACAGCACUUUGUCAGACUUUUCAGCUUGUCAGCAGAUACACCACAGACUUUAAACCACUUUUACAGUAGAACACAAGCCUCUAGCCUCUUUCUUCAGCAUAUCAAAGCUAUCCAUCAGGCUGCCACUCGGGUGGUAGAUGGCUGGAGAGACUGUCUAUCCCCGGAGAAUGAAAACAGGUGUCGAAAGAGACUGGAGCCCAACUUAAAGCUCUAUGAUGUGGAAAAGGGGAGAAAAGCAGCAAGUCAGAGCCAAGGAAAGAACCAGGGGAGAUGGGCAUCUGUCCUGGUCUCCCUCUGUUCUGUUGAGGGGCAACCGGCGUUUCUCUUCACCCUGCGCUCCAGCACAUUGAAGGGCAGGCACAAGGGAGAUGUCAGCUUUGCAGGAGGGAAGAGCGAUCCAUCAGACAGAGAUGUGGUGGCCACAGCGUUGAGGGAAGCCCGGGAGGAGCUGGGUGUUAAUGUGGGAAUGGAGAGGGUCUGGGGUGUCCUGAAGCCUCACAGGGACAUGUCAGGGAUGGUGAUUGCUCCUGUGCUGGCUAACCUCGGUCCCCUAGAGGAGUUGUCCUUCAAACCAAACCCUGGAGAGGUGGAGGAGAUCUUCACCUUGUCAUUGUCCCACUUGUGCAACCCCCAGAACUGUGGCUACACACACUUCCGCACUGGUGACAAGUAUGGAUACACACUCCCAGUGUUUCGUAAUGGCAAGCAUCGAGUGUGGGGCCUGACCGCCGUCGCUUUAGACCAUACCCUGAAACUCAUUGUUCCUCCUUAGCAGCUCGGUCACUGUUACUUCACAGUUUACAAAUGUAAAACAGACCUGUCAUGAGACUCAAAGAUCUGAUUAUGAGAAAUGUGCAAUCAAGCCUUGUGUAGCAAAAUCAUUUCAGUAACACACACACACACAUAUAUAUAUAUAUAUAUGUGUGUGUGUGUUUAUAUAUAUAU